AUGAGGACUCCUCUGGUCACCUUGCUGGCUGCUGUGCUCUGUGUGGAACAAGUUUAUCCAUUCAUGUGCUACACCUGCCAAGAACAGGAGUCCAACAAGGACUGUUUGACCAUUUCCAUGUGUGCCAAGGAGGACAAACACUGCGUGACCAUCCGGAAGGACAUCGGGACAAAGCCCAACAAGCCUAAAUACGUCAUCUCCAAGAUGUGCUCUCCAACGUGUCCAGAAACAGGUCAGCAACAAAUCCAAAGCUCCCAGAAUGUUUCCUGCUGUGAGAAACCCCUGUGCAACGUGAAUGGAGUCAGCAGCAGGCAAAGCAGCCACGGAAUGAUGUCCCUGGGUGUCCUGGCCAGCGUCACUUACAUCUUUACAUACAGAUUGUGA